AUGCCCUGCGUCCAGGCUCAGUACGGGUCCUCGCCGCAAGGAGCCAGCCCGGCCACGCAGAGCUACUCCUACCACCACUCGGCGGCUGCCGGGGAGUACAGCUCGGACUUCUUAACGCCCGAGUUUGUCAAGUUUAGCAUGGACCUGACCAACACUGAAAUCACUGCAACCACUUCUCUCCCCAGCUUCAGUACCUUUAUGGACAACUACGGCGCCGCCGCCGCCGCCGCUGCGGGUUACGACGUCAAGCCGCCCUGCCUGUACCAAAUGCCGUCGCAGCCCCCGCCGCCCCCGCCACCGGCGCCCUCCAUCAAGGUCGAGGAGCUGCCCCUGCACGGCCACGGCUACCCGCCGCCGCCGCAGCCCCCCGUGGCCGGCGGGCCCCAGGCGCCCGAUGAGCUGGCCGUCUACUACAAACCCUGCGCCUCGCCGCCCACCCCGGCCGCUGGUUUCGCGCCGGGUCAGAGUGUUUGGGACGAGGCCGGGCCGCUGCACGGCUUCCAUCAUCACCACCAUCACCACCACCAGGCUUACGGUGGGGCGGCAGGAGGAGCGGCUGGCGGCGGCGGCGGCGGCGUGCAUAAGGCAGCCCCGACGGCGGUGCCGCGUCUCUCGCUUUUCUCCUUCAAGCAAUCGCCGCCCGGCAUGCCGGUGGGCAGCUGCCAGAUGCGCUUUGACGGGCCCCUGCAUGCCCUACCGCUCAAUGCGGAGCCCUCGGGCCACGGGCCUGGCGCCCACCACCACCACCACCACCACCAUCACCACCACGACGGGCAGCCCUUCGCUCUGCCCAACCCGAUCCGCAAGCAGGCCAGUGCCGCCGCCGUCGGCUUCCCCGGACUGCAGAUCGGGCACGCCUCCCAGCUCCUGGACGCCCAGGUGCCUUCGCCACCUUCGCGGGGCUCGCCCUCCAACGAGGGGCUGUGCGCCGUCUGCGGAGACAACGCCGCCUGCCAGCACUACGGCGUGCGCACCUGCGAGGGCUGCAAAGGCUUCUUUAAGCGCACCGUCCAGAAAAACGCCAAAUACGUUUGCUUAGCGAAUAAGAACUGCCCCGUGGACAAACGCCGUCGGAACCGGUGCCAGUACUGUCGCUUUCAGAAGUGCCUCGUCGUCGGCAUGGUCAAAGAAGUCGUUCGCACAGACAGCUUAAAAGGCCGAAGGGGUCGUUUGCCUUCCAAACCGAAGAGCCCCCAGGAGCCUUCUCCCCCUUCGCCCCCGGUGAGUCUGAUCAGUGCCCUGGUGAGAGCUCAUGUCGACUCCAACCCGGCUAUGACCAGCCUGGACUAUUCCAGGUUCCAAGCAAACCCAGAUUAUCAGAUGAGCGGUGAUGACACGCAGCACAUCCAGCAGUUUUAUGAUCUCUUAACUGGUUCCAUGGAUAUUAUCCGGGGCUGGGCAGAAAAGAUCCCUGGCUUCACUGACCUUCCCAAACAAGACCAAGACCUGCUGUUUGAGUCUGCCUUCCUGGAACUUUUCGUCCUGCGGUUAGCCUACCGGUCAAACCCCGUGGAAGGGAAGCUCAUCUUUUGUAAUGGUGUGGUCCUGCAUCGGUUGCAAUGUGUCCGUGGAUUCGGGGAAUGGAUCGACUCCAUUGUGGAGUUUUCAUCCAGCCUGCAGAAUAUGAACAUUGAUAUCUCUGCCUUCUCCUGCAUCGCUGCCCUAGCCAUGGUGACAGAGAGGCACGGCCUGAAGGAGCCCAAACGGGUGGAAGAACUGCAGAACAAGAUUGUCAAUUGCCUCAAGGACCACGUGACUUUCAACAACGGCGGCCUGAACCGGCCAAAUUACUUGUCCAAACUCCUGGGCAAGCUUCCGGAACUUCGCACGCUCUGCACGCAAGGCCUGCAGCGUAUUUUCUACCUAAAAUUGGAAGAUUUGGUGCCGCCGCCAGCAAUAAUUGACAAACUUUUCUUGGACACUUUACCUUUUUAA